AUGGCAAAGGUAACGUUGCUCUCCUCAAAGACGAAAGGCUUCUCUAGUCCAAAAGCUGCAUUUUUAAAAGGUUUGGGGAUUCCGGGCCCGUUUCGCUUCCGGCCUAGGAAGGAAGCGUGCCGCCCACGGCUGAUAGGAACGGGAAAUUUACCAAACCCCAACCUCCCGAGGCAGGGAAGGCAGGCGGACUGGUGGAAGCAGCCCCCUCGCCCAACCCGCCCUGGAGCCAGAGGAGCCGCCCUCCCACCACCCAACCCCCACGCCGACCCGGGAAGCGCACAGACGGGGGCGGUGCGACUACCCGUUCGCGGCGACAGCAGCAGCAGCACCCUCAGGCCCUCCCGUGAGACGGCGGCAGCUGCAGCAGCGGCGCUGGGAAAGGCGGGAAUGGCUGGACCUGUUACUGCUUUAAACAAUAGAAUGUGGCAAAACGACUGCCAGUUCCAGGCUGAAGCCGUAAGAAGUCUUUGCAGUGACAACACUGAAAUUUGCUGGAACCUGUACUCAGGGAAAACAGAAAUGAUUAAGAAGCCCCCUCCCCCGCACCUGUUUGUGUUCUGGGAAACGGCUUACCACAAAGAACCACCCUUCUCGAAGAACCGUGAAAGAAAUCUAACUACUCCAAGACUGCCAUGCUGCCAGAAGUCUCACCUAGCCGUUUCAAGAGGCCAAAUAGAGGAAAACUUGAGGACCUGGGCUAAUCGCCCCAGCUGUGCUCCCAUUGGACACAACACAACCUACCACGCAUGUGAGUGAGUGAGCCAUCUUAGAAGUGGAUUCUCCAGCCCCAUCAAGUUGCCCCAGCUGAUGCCACAUGGAACAGAGAUGAGCUAUUCUCCACCAUGCCCAAAUUGUAGAAUUAUGGACAAAUAAAUAAAAGUCAUGUUAAACCACUCA